UGUGAGGAUGGUGACUUUAAGGAAACAAUAUGCGGUGGACAGAUCUGUGUACUCUGAGGACAGCUUUGCUGAAGAACAUGAGAAAGUCUACAGGCUGCACAAAACCAUCCUGGACCAUUUGAAAGAGUAUCUGACCUGUGACUCAAAACGCGCCAAGAAUGCAGUGCUGUCACUUCUACCCAUCAUCGGAUGGAUGAGGAUCUACAGAGUUAAAGAGUGGCUGCUGGGUGAUGUGGUGUCUGGGAUCAGCACUGGGCUGGUGGCUAUUAUGCAAGGACUGGCCUUUUCUCUGCUGGCCGGGCUGCCUCCAAGCUAUGGCCUCUACACAGCUUUCUUCCCCAUGCUAACAUACUUCUUCCUGGGUACUUCAAGACACAUAUCUAUAGGCUCCUUCCCAGUCCUAAGUCUGAUGGUGGGAGCUGUGGUAACCCGUCUGGUCCCAGAGAAAGGACCAGCAGCCAACAUCACCGGCUUUGAGGGCCUGACCCCAGAUCAGCAAAGAGUCGUGGUGGCAUCCUCUGUGACUUUUCUCAUGGGGAUUUUCCAGCUUGCCAUGGGUGUUCUGCAAGUGGGCUUCAUUGUUGUGUACCUGUCUGACACUCUGGUGUCUGGCUUUACCACAGCAGCUGCCGUCCACAUCCUGGUGUCUCAGCUCAAGUUUGUGUUGGGGCUGGAAGUCCCAGGCAUCAGUGGUCCACUCUCUGUCAUCUAUACCCUAGAGAAAGUCUUUGUCCAGAUCACCUCUACCAACAUCUGUGACCUGGUGAUGUCCAUAUUGAUCAUGUUGGCGGUGUAUGUUGUGAAGGAGCUGAAUGACAUAUACAAAGCCAAGCUGCCUGUCCCCAUCCCCAUAGAAGUUAUCACGACUGUCAUAGCUUGUGGAGCGUCCUAUGGCUUCAACUUUGAGGAAAGAUUUGGUGUUGAAGUUGUUGGCAAAAUGGUUACUGGGUAUGAGUCUCCCAUUGCACCCAAUAUGGAAAUCUUCCAGGAGAGUGCUGUGGAGGCCUUUCCUAUAGCCAUUGUGGGGUUUGCUGUUGCUUUCUCUGUGGCCAAAGUCUACUCUAUCAAACAUGAUUACACCAUUGAUGGAAACCAGGAACUCAUAGCAUUUGGGGUGAGCAACAUGUUUGGUGCAAGCUUCAGGUCGUUUGCAGCCAGCACAGCACUCUCCAGGACAGCUGUGCAGGAGAGCUCAGGAGGUAAAACACAGAUUGCAGGGCUGAUCUCAGCCAUGAUGGCGAUGAUUGUAACUGUAGCACUUGGCUUCCUGCUGGAGCCGCUUCCCAGGUCUGUCCUGGGUGCCUUGGUCAUCGUCAACCUGAAGGGCAUGCUGAUGCAGUUCAGAGAAAUCCCGUACUUGUGGAGGAGAGACAAACCAGACUGUGUGGUGUGGGUGCUCACAUGUCUAGGUGCCAUCCUGCUGGGACUGGAUCUUGGUCUGGCAGUAGGUUUGGGUGUGGAGCUGCUCACCGUUGUCUUCAGGACUCAAUUCCCCCGCUGCUCUGUCUUGGCUAACAUCAUAGGGACCGACCUCUACAGAGAUCGUAAAGAUUACCUGCAUAUAUUUGAACCAAAUGGAGUAACAAUCUUCAGGAUACCCUCGCCUAUCUUCUUUGGCAACAUCGAGUUCUUCAAGGACAAGCUCAUAGAAGCUGUGGGGUUCAACCCGUUGAGAAUUUUGAGGAAGAGGAACAAGGCACUCAGGAAAAUCAAGAAACUGAUGCAGAAAAAGAAUGAGAAAGAUAUGAAUGAUUUAUCCACCCAGACGACUGAUGAGCCCGGCAUGACCAUGGAAGAGCUUCCCGUUGACAUCAGGGUUCCCAAAGUGGACCUACACAGCUUGAUCCUAGACUUCUCAGCUGUCACCUUCCUGGACAUCUCCGCUCUGAAGGGACUCAAAAUGGUGCUCAGAGACUUCAUCCGGAUUGAUGUGGAUGUUUACAUUGUUGCUUGUGAUGUGUACAUCCUGGAGAAACUACACAGCUGUAUGUUCUUUGAUGAUGAGAUUCGGACCUCCAUGUUCUUCCCGACCCUUCAUGACGCCAUGCUUCAUGUGCUUGAAAAACACAAGGAAGGCACAAGUAAAGCCAGGGCGAUAAUAGAUACCCAACUCUAGAAGAGCAACUGUCUCCAGGAACAUCCUUUCAAAACGACCAUUAAACUGCAGACAACAUAAAAGUUCUGUUCAAUAUACUGUACCACUUUAAUCUUCUGUUCUCACCACACUACCACAACAAUAAUAUUAUGCAAUAAUAUAUUAUGCAAUAUUUCAUAUAUUUAAUAUUCCUGCACUGCAUUGUAUAAAUUAGGGUUGCACAUCUCUCUGUGAUAAAUGAUUCAAUACGCAUCUAGAUACACAGGUUACGAUAUGACUCAAAAACAAUGUACUUUUAUUACAGACCGACCAUUUGAUUUGAUUCUACGGUUAUUAUUUAUUGUAGAUAUUUUAUAAAAUAAAGAAGCCAAUUCUAUGAAAGUGACUAUCUUACAGUACAAUACAAUAUUUUACAUUGUUGCUUUACGGCACUGGCAAAAAUAAAUUUUUUUAAAUGAACAACAACAAAAUCCCAUGUCAAUGUAUUUAUUUUUAGACAUGGACCAAACAAAGUCUGGGUGAAUCAACAUCAUUUGUUGGAGAGAAUACGGUGGAUCAACGCACUGCGAACGGGCCCGGGGGAUUUUCCCAAAAGUGUGUGAUGCCGCCAACCGAUUCCAAGUCUCGCAAUACUCAAUCCAUGACUCUACAACCGAUUAAUCUAGGAAUUCAUGGCAAAUUUGCAUCGAUUGAGGAGGCUGCUACCGAUGCAGCCAUAUCUCUCACUUGUUAAACCGAAUAUCCGGUCGCAUUGGUUUAUCGUUCACAACCCUAGUAUAAAUAGACUGCUGAGUUUUAUUUUGAAAUGUCCAGUCUUGUCAUUGGACACUGGCAUUUUCAAGAUUAAAUGAGAAUACAAACAUUUUUAACAGAGGGCAUUUUCAUUGGGUGACAUCUAGAUGUUUAAAAUUAGCCCCACACUUCACUGCACAGCUUUCCAAAAUGAUGAAGACUUUUUGGUAAAGAUUUUGAGAUGAAGUGUAAGAAUAAGCGUUUUCUACACUAACGCUGAGCAAAAAUACCCAAAGAAGACAAACAGCUGCCAAAGUAUCCUGAUAAACCAGCACCAACACCAUGAAAACUGGACAAUUUUUAGAAAAGACCAUGUUUGGACGUGCAUUUCUAAGAAUUACUACCUUAACCUGAAGACAUGAGCAUUAAAAGAACCGGAUACAACCAAGGAGACGACAAAAUGGCUUAAAAAUUUGGUUAUUGCAAAGUGUCUAUCAUUAAAUGUGUUUUAUGAUGUUAAAUACAAUUGUUCUUUAUAACCUCCAGAGCAAAGUGGUUAUUGUUCACCAGUUGUAAUAUCACAACAAAGAUGAGAUGCAGAUCUGCUGUUAAAAAUUUAUUGAGACAUAGUUGGCGUCCUUCAAUGUACAGUACAUAUGCGUGAAAUCAGCUGACAUAUAUACAGAAAUAUUUACCAUACACUAUUAAAAAAAAAAGAAAAAGGGACAUUCCUGUUCUUCUCCAAGUCUAUUGUAU